CGAGGUGGUGGGCGCCGUGUCCUCCGCUGCGCCCCGCAUUCGCCCCCGCACCGUCAUUCGCCUCCGCCGGGUCCCCCUGUCCAUCUCGCCGCAGAAUGUUGCGCGCCGCCGCGCUCGCAGCCUCGGGCCUCGGGCCCCGCCUCGGCCGCCGGCUCCUGUCUGCUGCAGCGGCGCAGGCAGUCCCGACCCCCAACCAGCAGCCUGAAGUCUUCUACAACCAGAUCUUCAUAAACAAUGAAUGGCACGAUGCAGUCAGCAAGAAAACAUUCCCCACGGUCAACCCUUCCACAGGGGAGGUCAUCUGUCAGGUAGCGGAAGGGAACAAGGAAGAUGUGGACAAGGCCGUGAAGGCCGCCCGGGCCGCCUUCCAGCUGGGCUCGCCCUGGCGCCGCAUGGACGCGUCCGAGAGGGGCCGGCUGCUAAACCGCCUGGCAGAUCUCAUCGAGCGGGACCGGACCUACCUGGCGGCUUUGGAGACCCUGGACAAUGGCAAGCCCUAUGUCAUCUCCUACCUGGUGGACUUGGACAUGGUCUUGAAAUGCAUCCGGUAUUAUGCCGGCUGGGCAGAUAAGUACCAUGGGAAAACCAUUCCAAUUGAUGGAGACUUCUUCAGCUACACCCGCCACGAGCCUGUGGGGGUGUGUGGGCAGAUCAUCCCGUGGAACUUCCCCCUCCUGAUGCAAGCAUGGAAACUGGGCCCGGCCUUGGCGACUGGAAACGUGGUUGUGAUGAAGGUUGCUGAGCAGACACCUCUCACCGCACUCUAUGUGGCCAAUCUAAUCAAGGAGGCUGGCUUCCCUCCUGGUGUGGUCAACAUUGUUCCUGGAUAUGGCCCCACGGCUGGGGCUGCCAUCGCCUCCCAUGAGGACGUGGACAAGGUAGCAUUCACUGGGUCCACUGAGGUUGGCCACCUGAUCCAGGUGGCUGCAGGGAGCAGCAACCUCAAGAGGGUGACCCUGGAGCUGGGAGGAAAGAGCCCCAACAUCAUCAUGUCAGAUGCCGAUAUGGACUGGGCUGUGGAGCAGGCCCACUUCGCCCUGUUUUUCAACCAGGGCCAGUGCUGUUGUGCUGGCUCCCGGACCUUCGUGCAGGAGAGUGUUUAUGAGGAGUUUGUGGAGCGGAGCAUUGCCCGGGCCAAGGCUCGGGUAGUUGGGAACCCGUUUGACAGCCGGACCGAGCAGGGGCCGCAGGUGGAUGAAACUCAGUUCAAGAAGAUCCUUGGCUACAUCAAAUCUGGGAAGGAAGAGGGGGCGAAGCUACUGUGUGGUGGAGGGGCCGCUGCUGACCGUGGCUAUUUCAUCCAGCCCACCGUGUUCGGCGAUGUGCAAGAUGGCAUGACCAUUGCAAAGGAAGAGUGUCAGAUGGCAGCUUCCUGGCAAGGCAGGGCCUGUGCUGUGCUGAGUGCCCGCGGAAGGUGACCUCCCAGCUCACAGUUCUCAUCUGACUGUGGCAGUUCCUCGCCAUCUCCUGCCACCUCCGUCCUGACCUUUUCCUUGCUGGAACCAGCCAUUUGUUUCCAAGGGCCCUAGCUCCUUUCAGCUGGUAGCAGGAUUUAUGAGAAAGGACAUCGGGUGUGCUUGUGUCUGGGCCUCCGUUUCCCUCCUGUCUGCUUCUCACCAUCUCGCUGUUCAGGUGUUCUGCUCCCAUUUUAUCAUGGGUGGCUGUUACUUUGGGGGUCUUUUCUGACACCCUGAACUCCCUUCCUAACUCCCAGCUAGGGCCCUCCGGCUCCUACACUCGCACUGUGUGCAGAGAUCACGACACGGCCGCUUGGGUACCUCAUGAUCAGUUACAGUCGGUCCUGCCAGCGGCGAGGACCCCAGGGCGGUGGCACCCGGCAGCAGCAAGUGCACCUAGCACCUGAUGUUUUGACUUUUAAAUAUCACUGUCCACGAAAAAGAGCAGAGGCCCUUGGAGAAAUGGCCCAUUCAGAACAGGGCACGGGAAGUGCAGGACAAGCCUGGGACCUCCUGAGAGCAGAGCCUUUCAUUCACUGCCCUUUCUUCAGUGUCUGGUCCGUGCCUCUCACUUAGAUGAGAUGUGAUGGCCAAUUGGCUUAAAUUGUGUAGCACUAAAUCCACCUGUCACCUGGGAUGCAGUGACACAGCCCACACUUCACAGGACUGUUUGGAAAUAAGAGCUGGGGAUAACACGGUGUGCCCAGAAGGAAGAGGGCGGUGCCCGUGAGCCUCCUCCCCUCGUGGUUCGGUCUGGGAGGCCCCGUCUCGCUCUGGGCUGGUAGGUUCUCUCUGAGGCUUUUAGCUGCAUCGCCAGGACUCGGCACUGUCCCUCCCUCCUGCUGUGCU